CCCAUGGCCUUCAAUGACCUCCUACAGCAGGUGGGGGGCGUCGGCCGCUUCCAGCGGAUUCAGGUCACCCUGGUGGUCCUCCCCCUGAUCCUGUUGGCCUCCCACAACACGCUGCAGAACUUCACUGCCGCCAUCCCCACCCACCACUGCCGCCAACCUGCCGACGCCAACCUCAGCAAGGAUGGGGGGCUAGAGGCCUGGCUGCCCCGGGACGGGCAGGGGCAGCCUGAGUCCUGCCUUCGCUUCACCUCCCCACGGUGGGGACCACCCUCUGCCAAUGGCACAGAGGCCAACAUCACAGGGGCCACAGAGCCCUGCACCGAUGGCUGGAUCUACGACAACAGCACCUUCCCUUCCACCAUCGUGACUGAGUGGGACCUCGUGUGCUCUAACAGGGCCUUACGUCAGCUGGCUCAGUCCUUGUACAUGGUGGGGGUGCUGCUUGGAGCCAUGGUGUUCGGGUACCUGGCAGACAGGCUGGGCCGCCGGAAGAUACUGAUCUUAAACUACCUGCAGACAGCGGUGUCUGGGACCUGCGCGGCCUUCGCACCCAACUUCCCCAUCUACUGCACUUUCCGGCUCCUCUCUGGCAUGUCGCUGGCUAGCAUAGCCCUCAACUGCAUGACACUGAAUGUGGAGUGGAUGCCCAUCCACACCCGGGCCUGUGUGGGCACGCUGACUGGCUAUGUCUACAGCCUGGGCCAAUUCCUCCUGGCUGGCGUGGCUUACGCCGUGCCCCACUGGCGCCAUCUGCAGCUGCUGGUUUCCCUGCCUUUCUUCGUCUUCUUCAUCUACUCCUGGUUCUUCAUCGAGUCUGCUCGCUGGUACUCCUCCUCUGGGAGACUAGACCUCACCCUGAGGGCCCUGCAGAGGGUGGCCCAGAUCAAUGGGAGGCAGGAAGAAGGAGCCAAUCUAAACAUGGAGGUGCUCCAGGCCAGUCUGCAGAAGGAGCUGACCACAGGCAAAGGCCAGGCCUCGGCCCUGGAGCUGCUGCGCUGCCCUGCCCUUCGCCACCUCUUCCUCUGCCUCACCAUGCUGUGGUUUGCCACUAGUUUCGCCUACUAUGGGCUGGUCAUGGACCUGCAGGGCUUUGGGGUCAGCAUCUACCUAAUCCAAGUGAUCUUUGGCGCUGUGGACCUGCCUGCCAAGCUUGUGAGCUUCCUUGUCAUCAACUUCCUGGGUCGCCGACCUGCCCAGAUGGCCUCACUGCUGCUGGCAGGCAUCUGCAUUCUGGUCAAUGGGGUGCUACCCCAGGACCAGACCAUUGUUCGAACCUCCCUUGCUGUGCUGGGGAAGGGUUGCCUGGCUGCCUCCUUCACCUGCAUCUUCCUCUAUACUGGGGAGGUGUAUCCCACAAUGAUGCGGCAGACGGGCUUGGGCAUGGGCAGCACUAUGGCCCGAGUGGGCAGCAUCGUGAGCCCGCUGAUAAGCAUGACCGCCGAGCUCUACCCCUCCAUGCCUGUCUUUAUCUACGGUGCCGUCCCCGUGGCUGCCAGCGCUGCCAUCACCUUCCUGCCGGAGACCCUGGGCCAGCCACUGCCUGACACGGUGCUAGACGUGGAGAACAGGUAGGCUCCUGCAUGCCACUCACACCCAGGGUACCACCCCUCUGCCCCCAGGAGGAGAGGGACACCGAGGCGACAGCAGCAGGAGCAGCAGAAGCAGAUGGUCCCACUCCAAGCCUCUGCACAAAAGAAGAACGGACUCUGAGGACUGA